CAUCAGGUGGAUGGGUGCAUUAUCAGAGGGAUGGGUGCAGCAUCAGGUGGAUGGGUGCUGCAUCAGGUGGAUAGGUGCAGCAUUCAUCAGGUGGAUGGGUGCAUUAUCAGGUGGAUGGGUGCAGCAUCAGGUGGAUGGGUGCAGCAUCAGGUGGGUGGGUGCAGCAUCAGGUGGAUGGGUGCAUCAGGUGGAUGGGUGCAUCAGGUGGAUGGGUGCUGCAUCAGGUGGAUGGGUGCAGCAUCCAUCAGGUGGAUGGGUGCAUUAUCAGAGGGAUGGGUGCAUUAUCAGGUGGGUGGGUGCAGCAUCAGGUGGAUGGGUGCAGCAUCAGGUGGAUGGGUGCAGCAUGGUGCAGCAUCAGGUGGAUGGGUGCAGCAGCAGGUGGAUGGGUGCAGCAUCAGGUGGAUGGGUGCUACAUCAGGUGGAUGGGUGCAGCAGCAGGUGGAUGGGUGCCUCUGCUCACCAGCUUUAGGUAGUGACCCAAACAAUGAGAUGCUGGAUCCAAGCAGAGAGUCUGGGCUCAGAGAUCGGGUCAGGAGUUCAGACAUCCGGGGAGGCUCGGAGUUGACUGACCCAAAUGGGCUUAACAAGGACAAGAAACCAAAAGACAAAGAUCAGACGCCGAUACAGAUAACACUGAACCGCUGUUGA